AUGUCCGAAAGACUUAAGGAAACCAAAGAAAAUUCAGUUUAUGAAGAGCAAGUGUACAUUGAAUCAGUUAAAGAUCAUGAUAUAAAUAAUCAAAAAAUUACUAAUUCUACUGAAAUUAUAAAGGAUAAUGAGAUAAGGGGAAAUUCUUCUGCAGAAGUUAGCCCAAAAAAAUCAAAGAAAAGAAAACAUGUAGAACACUGGGUUGAAGAUGAUGUAAAUAAUCAGUUACACGAUUCAACUUCGAGAAUAACUCCAUCAAAAUCAAAGAAAAGAAAUAAAGAUAAUUUAGUUGAAAAUGCCAAGGACAGUGAUGAAGAGAAAAAUCUUCCAGACACAAGUACAAAAUUAGAACAAGAUGUAGGUGUUAGUGUGAUUGAAAAUGUAAAGUACAACAGUGAAGUUAGUACCUUAGAAAUGACUUCAUCUACAAAAACUAGUCCGACAAAAUCAAAGAGAAAAAAGACGGAUAAAACUGUUGAAAGUGUGAAAGAUAUUGGCGAUAUAAACAGUAUAAUUGACAGUUCGAUUUUAAAUUUGAGUCCAGCAAAAUCAUGUAAGAAACAGGAAAUGGGUGAUUUAAGUGAUGGUGCGAAAGAUGUUAGCGAAGUAAACAAUACAGUCAAAGGUUCGGCAAUAGAAGGAAAUUUGACAAAAUCAAAAAAGAAAAAGAAGCAUAAAAAUAAAGAUGUAUUGACUACUAGUGAUUUGGCUGGAAGAAAAGGUGAAAUUAGUGAUUCUGUAUCAAAAACUAUGGAAAGUAAUAAAAACAUUGAAACAAAUUUGAAUGAAAUGAGAGAGCAAAAUUCAGAAAAUACAGUCAUAGAAAUAACUGGCAAUGAAAAGAAGAAAAAGAAAAAGCACAAGAACAAGGAAAAAUCUGAUGAUAUGUUGUUUGAAUUUGAUUGUUCUAAUUUAAAUAAAGAAAAUGUAAAAACUGAUUUACAACUGACUGCAAUUAAUAAAGAAGUUUGGCCAAAUUCUGAAAAUUUAGAUAUUAUAAGAGAAAGUGCUACAAAUGAAGCAAGUUUGGAAGCUGAUACUGCGGUAGCUACCAGUAGUUCCAAAAAUAUUUGUAAAAUCCUACUAAGUAGUAUCAGAGCACAAAUAUUUUCAAAUUGA